AGUCUGUUAUGGUGUUCUGUUUUGUUCUGUUUUUUUUUUUAAACAUACAUCGUGUUCUGUUUGUUGCAAGACGGCUAACAGAAGAGUAUACCAAACUCGGUCUUCGUCUUCUUCAAUCCCGUCUAAAUAAUCAAACAAUUUUCCAGAUUCAGAUCAUCGCUCCAUGGCAACUUUUCAUAGCUUCCGAAAAGCUGUUGGAGCGCUUAAAGAUUCCACAACAGUCAGCAUCGCAAAGGUCAACAGCGAAUUUAAGGAUUUGGAUGUUGCGAUCGUCAAAUCCACAAAUCACGUCGAAUCUGCUCCCAAAGAACGCCAUAUUCGCAAAAUAUUCUCUGCAACAUCUGCGAUACGACCACGAGCAGAUGUUGCUUACUGCAUUCACGCACUAGCCAAGAGAUUAUCUAGAACUCACAAUUGGGUUGUGAGUCACUUAAAACACACACACAUUCUUCAAUUACAAGAACUCUCUCUUUGGACUGCUCUAAAUUGUUUUAUCAACACGCAGGUGGCUAUUAAGGUUUUGAUAGUCAUUCAUAGAACACUAAGAGAAGGUGAUCCAACAUUCAGAGACGAGCUUCUCAAUUAUUCACACAGAGGACAUAUACUUCGAAUAUCUAACUUCAAAGACGAUACAAGUCCUCUAGCUUGGGAUUGCUCUGCAUGGAUUAGAACUUACGCGCUUUUCCUAGAAGAGAGGCUUGAAUGCUACCGUGUUUUGAAGUAUGACAUAGAAGCAGAACGUUUACCAAAAGGUUCAGGUGCAUCUUCAAAGAACGUGGAUCUCAAUGCUUCUCAAACGUAUAGAACAAGGAUGUUAUCUAAUGAAGAACUGCUUGAGCAGUUGCCUGCUUUACAGCAGCUUCUUUUUAGACUUACCGGUUGUAAGCCUGAAGGAGCAGGCUAUAGCAACUACCUAAUCCAAUACGCUCUUGCAUUGGUGCUUAAAGAAAGCUUCAAAAUAUACUGUGCCAUUAAUGAUGGAAUCAUUAAUCUUGUAGACUUGUUCUUUGAGAUGUCAAGACAUGAUGCAGUUAAGGCUCUAAAUAUAUACAAACGAGCUGGCCAACAGGCUGAAAACCUGGCUGAUUUUUAUGAACACUGCAAAAGUCUAGAGCUGGCAAGGAACUUUCAGUUCCCAACAUUGAGACAGCCUCCUCCGUCUUUUCUUGCAACAAUGGAAGAAUACAUUAAAGAAGCGCCUCAAAGUGGUUCUGUACAGAAAAAGCUGGAGUAUCAUGAAAAAGGGGAGGAAGAAGAACAAGAUGAAGAAGAAGAAGAACAGUCUGCUCAGCCUGAAGAACCUGCAGAAACAGAAAAUCAAAAUGAAAACACCGAAGGAGACCAGCCUCUUAUUGAAGAAGAGGAAGAGGAGACAGAACAAAUAGAAGAAGAUACUAAACCUUCUUUCUUGAUAGACACGGAUGACUUGCUGGGCCUGAGUGAGAUAAACCCGAAAGCCACAGAGAUAGAAGACCGCAAUGCAUUGGCUCUGGCAAUAUAUCCACCAGGUCAUGAAGCUCCAGGUCCAUCCAAUAGUUUAAGCUUAAUAGAAACUGGUGGAUCCGGUUGGGAACUAGCACUGGUCACUCCUCAAAACAACAACAACAACAACACUCAUCGCCCUGCUCCUGACACCAAAUAUGCAGGAGGAUUUGACAAGCUAUUGCUUGAUAGUCUUUACGAGGAUGUUUCAGCGAGGAGACAGAUACAACUAACAAAUGCUGGCUAUGGACAUGGUGGUACAGAGACAGCAGGAGCAGCUCCACCACAAAACCCAUUCGAGAUGCAACAAGAUCCCUUUGCAAUGUCAAAUACCAUUGCUCCUCCCACUAACGUUCAAAUGGCAAUGCAGCAACAACAGCAACAACAGAUGAUGAUGCAUCAAAGUCCCUACAAUUACUCUCAUCCUCAUGAUCAUCAUCAUCAUCAGUUCUCAGCCGCAGGUCCUUCUCCUUCUAACCCUUUUGGAGACCAUUUCCUUGCCCUCCCACCUCCUCCAGGCUCAUCUGGUCAGAUGCAGCAGCAAAACAGCCAUCAUCAUAUGCUCCUCUAGAGUGAUAAAUAAGAGCUGUAUUCAGCUUCUCACUCUCUCAUGCAUGGUUUGAGUGUUGUCUUUUGAAUAUUUAUUCAGGGUGCUAUUCUUUCAUUCUUACUAGAUACCUACUUCUUCUUGUCACUGGUGAUUUCUUAAUUUGAUUAUAUAAACCGGUCAAAUGCUCAAAAAAGGUGGAUUAAACUCA